CAUUCUGGAUAUCUCUAGUCGGUCUCACUGUGUAUGUUGGUAACCUUGUAGAAUGAGAAUGAGCGGGAAACGUUCACUCACAGUGCUGUGCUAUCGGGACGUCGACGCCGCGUCUUGUGGCGUCUCGCCUAUGUUCCGUCAAAUAGGCUUGAAUCAAAUGGCUUCAGUGUAAUCAUUGAACUUUUGAAGUGAAGCAUCGCGUGCGGAAGUGUCUCAGAAAGAGGAAAAUGAUGAAGUCGUUGGACGGAGAAAUGAUUAUCAACUCCUUCCUAGAGACUCUUAAAACAGAUUUUGAAGAUAUUCGCAAGAUCGCUGAGGAAUGUGGAAAAAAUAAGAUAAACAAAGAAGAAAUCAUGACAUCAUGGAAGAAGAGAGUGGAAAGCAAAAAGAAUGACUUUGAACAAUUGAGGAAAGAAUUACUCAAUUGCGAUCUUGAGCUAAAAACAAAAAUUGCUGAACAAGAAGCCCAAAGAAGAGAAGAAGAGGAGCGAGAAAAACGGAUAACUUUAUUGAAGGAAGAAAUCUGUGAACUAACAAUAGAAAAGAAAAGUCUAGAAAAGGAUUUUGAAGAAAAGAAAGAACACGCUUCAAAGACUUUUAAGGCUCUUGUUGCAGCAAUGGCAUUCUACAAGUUACAUAUGAAGUGCUAUAUUGAAUACAGCAAAUCUAGUAGCACAACAUUUUCCUUUUGCUUUUUUUAUGAUGAAGAUAAACCUUCGAAGGAGCAUAAUUAUUAUGUAACUUUGGAUUAUUACCAUGAACACUGGAAAGUACUUGCAAUGAAGCCGACAACAUCUUGUGAAAAAAUGAUUGCCUCAUAUUUAGAAGAAACCGGAGACAUUAUUGGCUUUGUGUCUCAUGUCCAUAAUGUGUAUGCUGAAAUGAGAAAGAAACAUUAGUUGAGACAAAAUUUUGGUUUUGCAGCAACACACAAAAUAACUAAAAUGAAAAAUUGUAUGGUAAUAAAAAUUCAGUGUACAGUGUAAAUACAGUUGGUUUUGUAGAUUAUUGUAUGAGAAGUAUUAAAGAAAUAUGUAAUAAAAAUUCGAAUUUUUGUAUACAAAACAUUUAUUAAGCAACAGAGCAUUGAAAAGUGUCCACUAAGGAAA